AUGGUCACUGUGUUGACAGUGGUGGUGAUGCCAGUGGCAGUGACUGUAGCAGCAGUGACUGGGAGUAUGGUGACGAGGCAGGAAAUGAGCAGUUGUGGCAGAGGGAGAGUGAGGAAGGAGGAAGCUGAGAGGUUGGAAGCUGAGGUCAUUCAUCCGCCACCAUCCUCCCUCUCUCCCGCUCGUGCCUCGACUCCUCUCCUGGCGCCUUCCACUGGACCAUCUUCCUUUUACAUCUCCCCCCAUCCCACCGCUCCCACCAUGGCUGUGCAAGCAAGCUACGGGAGAGUUUGCAGCAGCAGCAACAGCAGUAGCAUGAAUGGCACUGGCAGGGCAGUUCUGGACCGGCAACUGGUGAUGGCACACGGCUCGCCUCUCCACACCUUCCUCGCUCUGCCAUGCCACACCCGCUCUGACAAGGGCGAGGCCAUGUGGGGCCACUGUGAGGCGGCCUGGUACAAGAUGCUCAUAGGGGCCAUGCUGCGACGUGCUGAGGUGCUUGCAGGAAAAGAAGGAGGGGAUGGGGAGGGUGGCAGUGGAGGAAGGUGGGAGGAGGAGGCGAGGGGGGUAGAGGAGGAGAUGCGGGUGAAAGGGGUGAGGGCGGAUCAUGAGGUGAGGGGGCUGCUCAGGAAGCUGAGAGGCAUGGCACAUGUGCAGCAAGGGAGAGCAGAAUGUGGGGAUGAUGAGCAUGUGGAGUAG